CAGACAGUGAAAGAAGAAAGUUUGUUUGUGUUGCUAACAAACCAAUCUCUACUUCCCACAUUCACAAUGCUUUAUAUGAUUAUCUUUGUUGGAACGUUCGGCCUGUCCUCAGGGCAAAGCACAACGUUGCCUACAUCAACCUCCACAACUCCUAUAACCUCAACUGCUGUUCCAGUGUCUGCACUCAUAACCACAAGUUCUACAACCUCAACUGCUUUCCCGGUUCUUACUACUACAUUAAACCCCAUAACUCCUACAACCUCAACUGCUUUCCUGGUUCCUACUACUACAUCAACAACCACAACUCCUCCAACCACAACUGAUGUCAUGGUGACUACAUCCACAACCACAACCACAACCACAACAUCACAGUUUGAUUCGUUUUCUACAUCAACACCCGCAACUCCUAUAACCUCAUCGAUUCCUACAGCAAACCUGACCACGUUUGCACAUGCAGUGGUGAAGUUAUCCAGCUAUGAAAAUCUUGAUAACGAUGGAAUCGUUUCAAACAUUGAGGAGUUCUUGAAGCAAAUCGGCAGUAAUGCCCUUGGACCUCUGAAGAUAACAGUGAAACGUGUGACAAAAUGUAGCGGCGCCCAGUGUGGAGACCAGCAACAACCCUCCACUAGCCCUGAACCCACCACACUCACCACACUCCGCACCUCCCCUCCAGUCACCGAUCCAGUUUCAUAAUCAUGACUGAUUCAUCAGACGUCUGUAUAGCCUACUUGUUGACUGUUAACUUGUUAAUUUUAAGGCAGUGAGGUAACUUAAAAUGGAGGUACAUAAAUAUAUGUCAUACAAGUUUGUACUCUAAUUUUAAAGGAAUAUCUAUGAUUUUUAAAAGUGAGUGACAUUGGUAACACUUCACAUUGAGGUAUCCUUUAAGUGGGUUGUAAAGGGUUUAUAAAUACAUUAACAUCAACCAUAUUGACUGGGAUUAGGUUAUGUUCUGGUAAUGUAUUUUACUGUAUGACAGGGACUGGUAUAUAGUAUAAUCAACAAGUUUAAAUUAAUAUGUGGAAAUAUCUCAGUUGACUCUGAACUUGGAUGCAGUAAAUGAAAGGCUCUGAAUUAAACCACUUUUUCUCUAAAGUA